AUGAAGUUCAACUUGCUCGCCCUUGCCGCUAUUGUAUCACUGGCCAUGGCCGCGCCGGUAGCCGACAACGCUGUCGUUGAGGGCGCUGGUGGCUCCCCAGGUGGAAAGCCCUGGAAGCGCGAUGACGCUGUCGUUGACGGCGCUGGUGGCUCCCCAGGUGGAAAGCCCUGGAAGCGCGAUGUCGCUGUCACUGAGGACUAUCCUGGUGGAAAGGACUGGUAG